AUGGCGCUUACCCUAAUCUCGACAAACAAAAUUGCUGCGGCAGGUUUUGCAACACAUUUCGAGAAGAACAUGUGCAAAAUAAUAUCCCCUGCCCCAGCUCACAAAGUUAUUGCUAAAAUACCAGAGAUAAACGGCUUAUACACUGUUAUACCCGCAACUUGUCAUCAUGCAAACACCAUGGGAACAAAGCUUACCCUAAAUGAAGCACACAAGAUCCUCAGGCACAUAUCCCAACCAGCACUUCAUGACGCAGUCCAGAAAGGUCUCAUCAAGGGAAUCAACCUUGACCCUACUUCAAAACCAACAUUCUGUGAUGCCUGUACACAGGCAAAGUCCACUCGUCAACCAUUUCCCCGAGAAUCCUUAUGGGGGCCAGCACAGACUAUGAGUCUUGAAGGACACCUGUAUUACAUCAGUUUCACUGAUGAUUCAAGC